GGGAUCCCAGGGUGAAGACAUCAUCAGGCGGUCCAGGAGGUUGCAGGAGCCGGUCGCGUCAUCCCUGAAUGGGCGGCGCACAGACGGGAGGACGGAGGGUGUUUUCCAGCUUUAAAAGCACCGGAGCCGGCCCCUCUGACAAACCGCGCUGCGUCAUCGACCUGGGGAGGCUCUUGAAAACCUUCAUUGGGCUGAAGAGAGCCAAACUCACCUCAACUACGGUCCCCUUAGCAGCACUACCUGCGCCGGUCUCCAGAUCCAAUAGUACAAGAUUUAUCAUUUGGUGCGCACAGUCCACCGCGUUGUGGUUCCAAGUUGUACACUCGCUAUGCUUUAACUUCACUGCGAAUUAUGCUUUUAUUUGAUGGUGUAUGAAGUGAUCUAGCUCUUGCAAUAUUAUCAUCGGCGUUGCUUAUUACAGUCUUACAGUCGGAGAAAGUUGCGCAUCGCUUGUUGAAUGCAGGAUACUUUCUGCCUGAGCGUCAAUUCCAAGUUCAGCUUUGGAGCAACAGCCGGUAAGGAGCGGGGACUACAGUUUCUCACCUCUCUCACCGCCGAUAUGAAGUCCGCAGAAGAAGAUGCAUACAGCUACACACCAAAUGUCAGCUUGUCCCUACCACUGGGCAUGGGCAACCCCUGUCUGGCCACCCAGUACCACACUUUACAGUCCAGCCCAGUCAUCUCAGUUUCCUCUUGCCACCAGACAGGGUACAGCCUCCAAAAUGACAACCAUGUAGCAUCAGGCUAUUACCUGCCCCACGGCCUGAGACCCAAUGGGGCCCCAGCCUUGGAAAGCCCCCGGAUUGAGAUCACUGCCUACAGCCAGUAUCCUGAGGAUGAGGUUGAAGAGAGCAGCAGUGAAGACCACAUCAUCAAACGAGGCGUUAACUCCAUCGUGACGCUGACACUGCCAAAUGCAGACGGCUACCGUGAUCCCAGCUGCCUCAGCCCUGCGAGUAGCAUUUCCUCACGUAGCUGUAACUCAGAGGCAUCCUCUUACGAGUCCGGCUUCUACAACUAUGACAACUCCCCACAGAACUCCCCCUGGCAGUCUCCCUGCGUUUCUCCCAAAGGCUCAUCCUCACUCCUGUCCUGCCCACAUGCCAGCGGCCGCGUCGCUUCUCCUCACCAUUCACCUUCCACCUCUCCUCAGAUAGGAGCUGUGGCCGAGGAAGGCUGGCCAACGCAACUUCGUGGCUCCAGGCCUAACUCCCCAUCCUGCAGUGGAGGUGGAGGUGGAGGUGGAGGAGGCAACGGCGGUGGUGGCAUGGGGAAGAGAAAGUACAGCUUCAAUGGCACCCCCUACCGUCAGACAUCCUGCUCACCCAUCCAGUCGCCCACCCCAUCCCCACAUGGCUCCCCCAGGGUCAGUGUCACAGAUGAGAACUGGCUCGCCAGCACCAACCAGUACACCAACUCUGCAAUUGUGGCCGCAAUUAACGCUCUAACCACAGAUGGAGUGGUAGACAUGGGGGAGGGAAUCCCAAUCAAGACGCGGAAGACCAUGCUGGACCACUCAUCCUCCAUGAGCCUGAAGGUGGAGCCUGGUCGUGAAGUGCUAGGUCCUGAUGGGGAGCUCUGCCACGAAGACUACCCCUCCCGUCUGGCUCUCAAGAAGGAGAACUACUGUGGAGGGUUCCUGGAUGUGCCCCAGCAUCCGUACUCCUGGUCUAAACCCAAGCCUUACCUCAGCCCAUCUCUGCCAGCUCUUGACUGGCAGCUUCCGUCCUGCUCCGGCCCGUACAACCUACAGAUUGAAGUGCAGCCAAAGUCCCACCACAGGGCCCACUAUGAGACUGAAGGAAGCCGAGGGGCGGUGAAGGCGCUGUCUGGAGGCCACCCUGUAGUACAGCUUUAUGGCUACAUGGAAAGCGAGCCGCUCACCCUGCAGCUGUUCAUAGGGACCGCAGAUGACCGCCUCCUGCGACCACAUGCCUUCUACCAGGUCCACCGCAUCACCGGCAAAACCGUCUCCACUGCCAGCCAUGAAGCCAUGCAAUCCAACACCAAAAUUCUGGAGAUCCCUUUGCUGCCUGAAAACAACAUGAGAGCCAUAAUUGACUGUGCAGGGAUCCUGAAGCUGCGUAAUUCGGAUAUUGAGCUUCGCAAAGGGGAAACAGACAUCGGACGUAAAAACACACGUGUGAGAUUGGUGUUUCGAGUGCACAUCAACCAGCCCAACGGCAGGACAGUGUCCCUACAGACUACUUCGAACCCAAUUGAAUGCUCCCAGCGCUCGGCUCAGGAGCUUCCCUUGGUGGAGAAGCAGAGUUUGGACAGUUACCCUGCCACCGGAGGCAAAAUGAUGCUCCUGAGUGGCCUCAACUUCCUCCCUGACUCCAAGGUGGUGUUUGUGGAGAAGGCCCAGGAUGGGCAUCAUCUCUGGGAGACAGAAGCCAAAGUGGACAAGGACUCCGUCAAAUCUAGUACUGUUGUUGUGGAGAUCCCGCCGUACAGGAACCAGAGAAUAUCCAGCCCGGUGCAGGUUAACUUCUAUGUCUGCAACGGCAAGAGGAAGAGGAGCCAGUAUCAGCACUUCACCUACCUGCCUCCUAAUGUGCCGAUAAUAAAGACAGAACCCAGUGAUGAAUAUGAUUCUCUGGGGACUGCGAGACUGCCCAUGCAUUCAAAGCCCUAUUACAGCCAGCCCAGACUCACUCCCAUCAUGCCUGUAGCCGAUCCUGAUGCCUGCCUGGUUGGUGGCUACCCUCCCUGCCCGCCUCGCCAUGCUGCCAUGUCAUCGUCGUCCCCCAGCUCCAGCCCCACCCUGCAUGACCUGUCCCCCGUGGCAUACAGCAAGUGCCUCCCCAACAGCCCCCCCCAUGCCGCACCACCAGGCCCCAUGGUGCCCUCCAUCCAGGAGACUCCUGGCCUCCCCAUCCUCGCCCACCCAGCAUCGCCAGACCACAACUCUUCCCUGGGGAUGCUCCAUUCCCAGGGCAGCCCCAACCACCUCAACAGCCCAGGGCCCCAUGGUUAUCACCCCAUCUAUGCCAACAGCAGUCCCUCAUCCUCCCCAGUAUCCCACCCUUCCACUCCCGGUGGGACUGCGGAGAGCCCUUUCAUUCAGGCCUACAGCCCCAGUCAGGCUCAGGCAGCAGCCACCUCACCCAGCCUGUUACCUGAGGAUGCCAGCCCCCCUUCGAUGGCCGUCACCGUCAAACAGGAGCCCCAGGAACUGGACCAGAUGUACCUAGAUGAUGGGAGGUCAGUGGUCAGGAUCAGCUUCUGGACAACAUCCCUGGAGCUUGUGGGGUGUCUUGCUCAUGGACACUUAAGGAGUCACAGCCAGUUAACGAGAUCAUCAGGAACGACCUCUCCAGCAUUUCCGUGCAUACUCAUGCAUAGACGUCCAGAAGUCUUCUGCAGCAGCACACACACACUCCAACAGCAGCAGCAUCAACAAAAAGAGGACAAAAAAAAGAGAUCCAGAUGAUGAAGAAUAAAGUUUUGACCAGGAUUUCCAACUUGACCAUUGUUGCCAUCAGCUCCUCCUCCCUCAAAGACUCGCUGCAGACUCAUAUCGACAAUCACUGGCAAGCUCUAUUUGAAUAAACAGAUGAAUGUUAUAUUUACAAAAAGGGAAGUGAUAUCAGGGGCAAAGUAUACGACUACACUUGCCUUAAUUCACAGCAGAUGUUCUUUAGUGGACCAAACAGCUCUAUGAGACUGAAUUAUAAUCUUCAUUUCGAGUGUGAUCUGUAUGUUAAUGCAUGGACAAGCUAAUGGGACAAUAAGUGUCAUGCUUCAUCACUUUGGUUCAUUUGUUUGUGCAGUCAGUCUGCAACAACCGAAUUGGUGCCUUACAGCAGUGAUAUUGACAGCAAACAACAGCAGCAGUCACGUAAAUGCAAAUGGUUCAUUGUAACCCAAAGUGGAAGUUUUUAUAUGACAUUUUUGUAUCAUUUCAAUGAUUUGUUUACAGGGAAUCAGAAUAAAAGGCUGGAAAAAAUGUAGGGAGUAUGUGAAUAGAUUAGAAUUGUAUUUUUUCUUGCUUCCUCAUUAUUAUCUCAUUGUUCAUUUAUACUGAAUGUUAUUGUAUGAUAUUCUUUUGUAUAAACAUGUAUUUGAAAAUGUACUUGUGUAUGCCUUAUGCUUAUAUCAUGCAGUUUACUAUUUAGCUUUCCUUUUUUUCCAUUUGUCUUCCCCUGAUAUGAUUUGUACCAUUUCUACUACCCUGCAUUAUGCUUUUCACCUUAGUGCCUAUUUUUAUCAUCCUGUCUUCCAGUCCUCCCACCCAAACCAUGACAUAAUGAUGCACAGACAAUCAGAGAAAUAUAUAGUACAUAUCCUAUGACAACAGUUCCUGGUUGCAGGGGCUUAUAAAGGCAGGUAUCAGAGUUUUCUUCUCCCCCAGCUAUAAGGUAGUUGAACAAUGGUAUGCUUACCUGCUGAAUUUAAAUGAGCAUACUCCUGGACAAUAUGUAUUUGUCUGUUAAUUCUUGCACUGCAGGUUUGCAUGUAAAUAGGCACAGGGAUAAUCUAAGUAUGCCACAGGCUCAGCUUUACUCGUCAUUUGGGUGAUUCCACUGAGGAGUUGGCAGGACUGUUACUCAUUACUGGCAAUAAUUGAUCUGAGUAAACCAAAGGAUUUUAUCUUUGGUGAAAUUAUUGUCCAAGUUUCCUUUUUCUGUCGGAGACUUUAGCGCACAGCGGCUCCCCGUACAAAAAAACAUUAUGCACUUUACCGUAGAAACAGAGCAGGCUUUCUUUCUUUCAGACCAAAUAUUGUAGAUUGAUUUCCACUGUUAAAUGUACCUACAUCGACUCUUCUUCCACACAGCUGCAGUCUUUUCCAUGUUAUCUGUCUUUUGGAGCAUGCACAUCGUACUAAUGUUGGGGAUCAUUUAGCUGACAGUAGCUUACAAUAUAGCUUCCUAAUACAUUUUUGGACAUAUAGUAUAAUAGCAUGACUAAACUGUAUGAAUAAGGUUUCUAUUUUGUGCCUUACACUCUUUCUUGGCUACAAGGUCAUUGCAGCUCUAUAAUGCUUUUCUGUGUAGGCACAAGGUGAAACAUAUUUCUCUUUAAUAUGAAAUAUUUAUGAAAAAUGAAAUGUGUUCUAAGUGCAUUUAAUGUGUUCUCAACAAUGAAUUAAUAAAUGGCAUAAUGGUGACCAUACAUAA